AUGCCUUCUCUCCGGGCUUUUGCGGAGAGUUCCCCCGGCUCAACUACUGCUGUUGAUGAUCAUGAUACAUCAUCAAAUGCCCUUCUAAGCAUUCCCGCCGACUCUCAGAAUCCAGAGACGCCGCGUCCCAAGCGCUCCAAGCGAGUCUUGGCUAUUCCUGAAUCUUCGAGGACUACGAGACAGUCAGCCCGAAACAAGGGCCCUGGUGAAUCGUCCCAGGACCAGUCAUCUCCGACCAAGUCUGGCGAUGCGGACAUGGACCUUGAUGAAUCAUUCGCUGAGCCUUCAUUCAAAGAGGAGAUGUAUGAUGAUGAUGAUGAUGCGCAUCCUCGCAUGCACAGAUCGCCCCAGAGCUUUGAUGCGGAUCACUCUCGUCGUUCAUCGCAAGCCGCUGAUGACGAGGCUAUGGUCGAUCAACCCGUGUCACGGGAGACAGCCUCCAACACGCCACCUCCUUACAGCCAGGCAUCCGCUGAACCAGAACAGAUGCCACCACGUGGGGUAUUUUCUCCGCGUCUCGCGCGCAAGCGGAAGUCGACGGAAAUGAAAGAUGAAGAUUACGGCGCCGAGUCAGCCGCCAACUCGGAUGUUGCCAACAAAAAGCCAAAAAUUGAAGAAGGCAUCCCCGAUAUUCGUCUACAGAAUGGCAGUGAAACCGAGACCCAGACAGAAUCAUCUCCUGCGGAAGAGGCGACACCUGCUGCCGUGGAACAACCAUACAUGUCCGCAGGUGCAGCUCGUGCAGCUCGUGCGCGACGGGGUCGCGGAGGCCGAGGUCGCGGACGCGGUCGCGGUCGUGGCCGUGGUAGAGGAAGCCGCGGAGGAAGCCGCGGAGGAGGCCGGGGAGGAGGGCGCGGAGGCGGAGCUGCAGGCCUUGUGCAAUCUGCAACCGUGGUGAAGCGUGGAGGUGGUCGAGGCCGCGGGCGUGGUCGAGGCAGCGCGACCAUUAUGCGCCGAGGAGGCGGCAGGAAGAUUGAGGACGAGAUUUGGGAUGGUGCAGCUAUUCGAUACCGGAGUCCAUCGCCCAUCCCGCUAUCGCAGCCAUUGAAAGAGCGGCAGCAUGAACUGGCUGCUCUGUUUAAGAAGGUGGGACAGGCGCAACAGGUCGCGCUGAGCUUUCUAGCAGAACACAACAUGCACAAGUUGGCGCGAGACCCCACUAUUCACAAGGACGCUCCGGAGUUUUUCCAGGCACAACGGGAUCUUGCGGAAUACGAGCGCAAGGCCAUGCAGAGACUGGAGAAUGAGUACAAGUUCCGAGUGGAGUCGUUGGAAAGAGUGUAUGAGGGUGUGAAGAACGAGAAAGAGACCCGAUACCAAGUACGUUUGGUGACACUCUGA